AUGAUUAGAAUAAUUCACUCUUCCUCUUUAGCACUAAUCCUUACCUUAACCUUCCUAGUCCUUGUUGUACUUGAUACCUGUAAUGCAGAAUCAGAUGACAUAGCCAUUUACUGGGGUCAAUUUGAUGGUGAGGGAAGCCUAUCUGAAACAUGUGCAACAGGAAAGUACUCCUACGUAAUCUUAGCUUUCCUAAACAUAUUUGGAAAUGGCAAAACCCCUGAAAUCAACCUUGCAAGUCAUUGUGACCCUGCUUCCAAUGGUUGCACUAUGUUAAGCACAGACAUCAAGAAUUGCCAAAAGCAAGGGAUCAAAGUCUUGCUCUCCAUUGGCGGGGCAGAUGGAGAUUAUGGUCUAGCUUCCUCUGAUGAUGCUAAAAAGGUUUCUGAUUACUUGUGGAACAAUUUCUUGGGUGGCACCGACAACUCCUCUUCACGCCCACUUGGGGAUGUUAUAUUAGAUGGCAUUGAUUUUGACAUAGAGAACUCCACACAACAACACUGGGAGGAACUUGCACGUUACCUCAAGUCACAUAACACCUCAAGAAAAAAGGUUUACUUGAGUGCAGCACCUCAGUGCCCAUUUCCUGAUAGUGAAAUGGGCAUUGCCCUUGACACAGGAGUUUUUGACUAUGUUUGGAUACAGUUCUACAACAAUCCUGGCUGUGAAUAUAUCCAAAGUAAUGUCAACAACUUGUUGAGUUCAUGGAAUGAAUGGACAACAUCAUUAAAAGCAGGAAAAGUCUUUUUGGGGUUGCCAGCAUCUCCUGCAGCAGCAGAUAGCAGGUAUGUUCCAGUUGAUUUGUUGGUAUCUACCAUUCUUCCUGUCAUAAAGAAGUCACCUAAUUAUGGUGGUGUAAUGCUGUGGGCAAUAUACUACGAUAAGCAAACUGGAUAUAGCACCUUCAUCAAAAGUUCUCUUUGCACACAACAAAACCCCUCUGAAUGCGGAGGAAAUGACAGUCACAAAGAGGAUGGAAAAAUGAACCAAAAGAAGGCAUUACCUGAAAUUGAAGGCAAUGGAGUGGCAGUGCUUCCUGAAAGAGAGUGA